AUGCUGAAACUAACAGCUAACACAACGUGUGCACAGACAGGUCAAAGUCCAAUACAACAAAUAAGCACAGGACAUACUGACUCCAGUGACGAAGAUUUAACUGUGGCCCAGGAAUUAGAAAAAGAGAUAUGUAAAGCCACGUCACAGGUAAACAAAUCUACGGUUAACACAGAUCUUGAGUCCAUUGUUAGAGUGGAAAUGUGCAUCUAA